CAUGUCACUUAGGUGGCAAUUCUGCUGACCAAUCCAUCAAUCCCACGCAACCCACUUCUCUUACCUCUGCCUCACCUCCCAUUAAAGAGCUCAAAACAACACAGAAAACUCCUGCACUCAGCUUUCAACAACAUACCACACAGUCUUCAUCUCAACCAGGUGCAGGCAACAGUGCUGACCCUCAAACAAAUCUCUCCCCUCCCACCACUUCACCAAACACAUCUGCAGAUACCUCCGAAGGGAGCACUUCUAAUCAUAAAGAAACUCAGACAAACACAAUAGUCUCACCCGCACACACCAUGCAACAACAAAACACCAGCCCCACUGCAGGGAGCACUUCUAAUCAGAAAGAAACUCAGACAAGUACAACAAUCUCACCCGCACACACCAUGCAACAACAAAACACCAGCCCCACUGCAGGAAAUGGUUCUGAAUGUAAAAGCCUGAAUUGCACAUCAAUCUUACCCACACGCACCACCUCGCAACAACAAAACACCAGCACCACUGCAGACCCUCAAACAAAUCUCUCCACUCCCACCACUUCACCAAACACAUCUGCAGAUACCUCCGAAGGAAAUGCUACAAAAACAGACAUCUCUCUUCUAAUCACUGCACCACAAAACAUUUCAACCACACAGUCUGCAGCUAUAUCAGCAACUCAACCAGGUGAAAGAAAUGACACCACCUCACCUCCAAACACCACCAUCACACCUCUCACCUCCACGCACCCCAGCUCAAUCUUACACGCAUUCACCAACAUCACGGGUGCCACAAAAUUCCCUUGUCAGUACAGCCUUAUGGAGAGGGAGAACAACACAACAGCCCCUGUGGUGAAUAUCAAAGACUUCGAGAAACAAAACUACACAAUCAGGAUAAAGGAGAAUCACAAUGAGAUCCGUGUCCAGGAAAUAUCUAACCAAACUGCCUUUAAAAUACUGUUUGAAUGGUUAAAACCAUGCACUGUGUACAACAUCAGUGUGGAUGGCUGCAAACCCAAUGGAAGCGAGACUUUUAUUUCUAGUGAAAACGGAGAAACUGUUCCAAAAACUGUUGUGACAAAUGUGACUGAGAAGAAAGUGUGUUUGAAAGGAGAAUUCAAUGGUAUUAAAUGGAAUCUCACUGAAUGUGUUGAAAUAACUGAGCAAAACUCUUGCACAUCCACACACACCAUUAAACUGGACAAAUGUAACUACACAAUGAAUGUCCUCAUGCCCACAGUCAAGCCUAAUAUAACCUUCAAAAAAACUAUUCCCUCUAAGUUUGAAUGGACAAAUAAACCAACACAAUGUAAUGCUAUGCUUAACAUCAAUUGCACCAAUGAUGAGAACAAAAAUGGCACAAUUUAUGGUUUAAAUGCCUCAGUGUCAUUAUUACCAGACACACUGUAUUCCUGCAUUGGAGUAUAUCCUUAUGAGAAUCAGUCCAUCAAGAGUAAUGAGCUCUCCUUUAAAAUAAAUUGCGAUUGGCAAAAGAAUGGACGAUUUAAGAACACAACCACAGACUCUUUUGAAAUAUCCUGGAAUUCACUUGAUGAAGAUAAAUGCUCAGGCAUUACAUGGGACAGUUAUUCAGUCAGCUGCAAAUUCUAUAAAAGUCAUCAUGGAAACUGUACAAAACACAAAAAUGGCAUUGGCACAGACUGCAGUAUUACAAACUUAAUGCCAUAUGAAAGCUAUGAAUGCAGUAUUUAUGCAGAAUUCAAAAGUAAAACAUAUUUACUGUUCUCCGGUAUGAAUGCAACACUUUCUACCAAGCCCGAUUUCAAAUCAGUCAUUGAAGUAACACACCCUUUUCACAAUUCUCUUGAUAUAAUAUGUGAAAACAAGGGAACAAAGAUAGUCUGGAAUGGAGAAAAAGGAACAUUCAUGGCUGAAAUCACAUACAAUGGAGAAACUAUCUCUAAAAACCACACCAAAUGCUCAUUUACAUUUCCAGACCUUUACUACCUUACAACAUAUAAUGUGAAGAUUACAGCCGAGAAUAAAGAAGGACAUUCAGCUUUCCUUAAACAUAAAGCUACUACUAAAUACAAUGACAAGGCUGUCAUUGGAUUCUUGGCAUUUCUAAUCAUUGUGACAUCAGUUGCGCUCCUCUUCGUUCUGUUCAAAAUUUACCUUCUCAAAAGAAAGCGGACUGCUGAAGAUGAAGAGAUUCUUCUUACACCAGAACCCCUGCGCAGAGUUGAGCCCAUCUAUGCUGACGGUUUAGUGGAGGCGUACAAGAGCAAGAUCGCUGAUGAGGCCCGUCUGUUUAUGGAUGAGUUUCAGAGCAUUCCCCGAAUUUUCUCCAAUUACACCAUCAAAGAAGCGAAGAAACAAGAAAACCAGUUCAAGAACCGCUAUGUUGACAUUCUGCCCU